AAUGACAAUACCGUUAUCAAUUCUAAUCUAAUAACUAUCGUCACCGAACCCAGGUUGGUAAGUAAGAAAAACUCUUAUUCGAGUGUUUUUGCUUCUUGUCACGUCUUGUCAAUAUCUAAACGACAUACCUACUUGUUGGUCGUUGUGAUUCGGUGCACGGUGAAACGUAUUGGUGGAAUUAUCCUGAGACGAAUUAUGGAAAUAGGUUUGCCUAUGAAUGCCAAUAUAAACAACAAAAAUGUUUGUUUCAUAUAUAUUUUAAGUAUAUCCAAUGCUUUAUUUAAAUUUGAAACAUUUUAAACACUGGAUUUAUAAAAUCGAGUUCUUGUUUUAUAGAUUUAAACAUCCAAAACAAAUAUUAAUGAAUAAGUUAAUCGACAUAAAAAAAUAUGAACAACAAGCUGUAUCUUUAGCUGUUAAAUUAAUUAAUGACGGUAGUGUUGUUGCACUUCCAACUGACACUGUUUAUGGACUAGCGACUGAUGCACAAAAUCCAAGUGCUAUAGGCAAACUAUACAACAUCAAAGGACGUAAUCUUCAAAAACCUAUUGCUAUAUGUACUCAUCAUGUGAAUGAUAUAGGUAAUUGGGGUAAAAUUGGUCAUUUGCCUUUUGGUCUUUUAGAUGCACUAUUACCUGGGCCUGUAACAGUCGUAUUACAAAGAACACCAUCCCUAAAUAUUGCAUUAAAUCCUGAAGAAUCAAAUAUAGCAAUACGAGUACCAAACAGUGGAUUUGUUUGUAAUAUUGUAAGUGAUCUGAAGAAACCAAUUGCUUUAACUAGCGCUAAUGAAAGUAACAAACCUAGUACUUUAAAACCAAUAGAAUUUUUAAUUUUGUGGCCUAAAUUAGAUGCCAUUUUUGAUGGUGGUACUAUUGGUUCUUCAUUAGAAUCACGCCAAGGUUCUACUAUUAUUGACUUAACAAUCAAUAAUCACUAUAGAGUAAUACGAACAGGAUCUGCACUUUUAAAUACUAUACAGAAACUACAUAAAUUUGGUUUAAAGGAAUUAUAA